UGUCACUUGGACUCCUCGGAGCGGUGGGAUGGGACGCGUGGCGGUGGCGGCGAGGUCUCCCUCCGCCCACGCAACCUACCUAUAGGCUAUAGCAGCCCAACUCGCGGGCGGUGCGGUGCGCGGCCGGCCGAAAAGGAGACGACCACCAACUGCAAGUGGAGGCGAGCUUGCCUGCCUGCCUGCUUUCGGUGGAGUAGUGGAGCCGGAGAGCGACCCUCAUCUUUCGGUGUCGCUGUCGAGGUUUCUAUCAAAUUCGGCCCUCCGGCGGCGGGGUUUGAUUCCGCGGCGGCAGCCUCUGGUGGCGGAGGAGGAGGGGCAGGGAGAUGGUGGCGGCGGCCACCCGGAGGUCGUUCAGGGACUCGCUCAAGGUGCUGGAGGCCGACAUCCAGCACGCCAACACCCUGGCGUCCGAGUGCUCGCGGGACUACGACGGGGCGUGCCUGCAGAUGCGCAUGUCCUACAGCCCCGCCUCGCGCCUCUUCCUCUUCCUCCUCCAGUGGACCGACUGCAGCCUCGCCGGCGCCCUCGGCCUCCUCAGGAUCCUCAUCUACAAGGUCUAUGUGGACGGCACCACCACCAUGUCCACCCACGAAAGGAAGGCCAGCAUCAGCGAAUUCUACGCCGUGAUAUUCCCCUCCCUCAUGCAACUGGAGCACGGGAUCAGCGACUCCGACGACCGGAGGCAGAGGGCGGUGUGCUCCGAGAGGUACAGGAGGAGAGACGAGCCGGAGGACAGCAAGAGGCCCGUCUCCGAGAUCGACGCCGAGAUAGAAGAGGAGUGCGGGAUCUGCAUGGAGCUCAACAGCAGGGUCGUGCUGCCCAACUGCAGCCACGACAUGUGCAUCAACUGCUACCGUCAAUGGCGCUCAAGAUCUCAAUCCUGCCCCUUCUGCCGAGACAGCCUCAAGAGAGUGAACUCCGGCGAUCUAUGGAUGCUCACCGACCACCGCGACGUGGUCGACAUGGCGACCGUGACCAGGGAGAACAUCAGGCGCUUGUUCACAUACAUCGAGAAGCUGCCUCUCGUCACGCUGGACAACAUCUUCGAUGCCUAUGAUUCCCAUAGGAUGUUCCUCGUCCUAGGAUGUGGCUGACCAUGGAUGGAUGGAGCAGCUUGACAGAGAGACCCUGUGAUGUGGUCGGUCCUCAGGCUUUGUAAAUACAUGUACAGAUUUACAGUUUGCAAGGAAAUGUUCAGGGGAAGUCAGAAUAACAAUAUGUUAUGCCGUGGAGUAAUGCUUUUGUACAGAUUUGUAAUCUGGAUGGGAACAUGUAGUGCAUGAAGAAGUUAUUACUCCCUCCGUUCUUAAA